UGAGUACCGAAAUCACCAAUUUCGUCGUGAUUGUCCAAGAGGCUCAUCGUGAAGACCAUCAUGUAUCUUUAAAGAAUAAUAACACAAACAAUUAAUUAUUAAUUAGUAUCCGUGACAACUUGAGCACUAUCUGUGUCAUGGAGGACUGGAUCAAAUGAAUGUAAACAUAGGAAAUAAUGGCUGCAUGUGUACGUGACAAGGGGAACAUACGCAACGUUUGCCAACUUUGCGGCCAAGUGAAUAAUUUAAUGAUCUGUGCAGGUUGUAAAAGAACAUGGUAUUGUAGCAGGGAGCAUCAGAAAUAUGACUGGAAGUAUCAUAAGAAGAAGUGCAAAAAGCUAGAACAACCAACAAACGAAAAGCAAGAAUUGGGUCAAAAAACUAAAUCGUCUAUAAAUAGUAACGAAAUAUCAAUACCGGAGGGUUCCCCACGUGUGGAUGGGUUACGUGACAGUGAAGAUGUAAGUUCGACAGUUGUUGACAAAAACAAAACCAUGAGUGAAUUAAGAUCCUCGAAUUCUGCAGGAAAUGUUUCCAGAUUAGAACAAUUGAAUUUGGAAGAAGAUAAACAAGUUACUGUUCCAAAAAUUGGCAAAAAUUCCUCAAAGGAAUACUUCUUACAUUCAAAUAUUUCAGAGUUAAAACCUUUUACAUCAGAAUCAGUUCGACAAAAUAUUGCUAGACACUCUUCUAAGAAGAGAAACAGUUCUGACAAAAUGCCGCCAACAACAGAAGAGGAGUUUGACACAAGCAAAACAUACUUUUCAGUACUUGAAACCAGGACUAAGAUGCUUGCAGACUAUGCAUGCAAUUGCUUAAAUCGUUAUGGUGUGUGUGUUAUUGACAAUUUUCUUGGAAACGGCAAAGGACUUGAAAUUCUGGAACAAGUCCAAGACAUGCAUCGAGCUGGAUUAUUCACAGAAGGACAACUAAUGAACUCUGAACGUGGAAGUUCAAAUUUGAAACAUGUUAGAGGAGAUGUAUUAACUUGGGUUGAUGGUGGUGAGGAGGGGUGUGAAGACAUUGGAUUUCUUGUAUCCUCCAUGGAUGCUGUUAUUUUAAAGUGUGCUGGCAAAUUGACUAAUGUUAAUGUAAAUGGGAGGACAAAGGCAAUGGUUGCUUGUUAUCCUGGAAAUGGUACACAGUAUUUACGUCACGUUGAUAAUCCAAAUGAUGAUGGGAGAUGUAUUACAUGUAUAUAUUACCUCAAUAAAAACUGGGAGGCUAAGAAAUAUGGUGGCCUGCUAAGAAUUUACCCAGAGGGUCAAGACAGGGUUGCUAGUAUUGAACCAGUAUUUGAUAGACUUUUAUUUUUCUGGUCAGAUCGACGGAAUCCUCAUGAAGUUAUGAAAGCUUUUAAAACAAGAUAUGCAAUAACAGUAUGGUAUUAUGAUGCUGAUCAACGUGAAAAAGCAAUCAAGGGAUACAAAGGAAAUAUGAAGCCAGAGAUAGUUCCAUUACAUUCUCAUGAUCAAAGAUCUGUUAACUGUGACACUUAGUCAGUGUCAUCAAAUAUUGAGACUUAACUUAUUUGUUACAUAUCAUUUGAAUUAUAAUUUUAAAGAUUGAUCAUUCCCUAGUUAUGCUUAAAUUUGUGGUUCCUAGUUAUAUAAUUGUUAAGAAUAUAUUAGAUGCAGUGUAUCAUAUAAAUGUUAAGAAUAUACAUGUAUUAGAUGCCCUGUACUGUUCCAUGAAAAGCAUUGCUUUAACCAUUUUUCUACAAUAUUAUAUCAAUUUCUGUCUCUGCUAGCUAUCACAUAAUGCAUAUUUUGUGAAGUAGAUAAAACCUGUUUUGUCAGAUAAUAGUACUUUGUGUAAAAAGAUGCUGUCAGUGUGACAAUUUAUUAUACCUCAGUAUGUAUUUUCUUUAUAAAAUUAUAGACGAAUUUUAUGAAAUUGUCUGAAAAAGACUUUUUACCGCUAAAUAGUUUUAAAAACUAUUUACUGGAUAUGAACUUAUUACUGGAAGCAAACAUUUUCAUUUUUAAGGGAAAUUCUGUAAACAAACAGCCUUGUUUAUGACGUUAGCAAUGCAUUUCCAUAGAUUUUUAUUUAUGACGUCAAUGAAGUUUAAAGGUUGGCGGAAUUUUUACUUUGUCCGCUUCAAAUUAAAAAAUGAUAGUUGUCCCAAAAAUAUUUUCUUUGUAAGAGGUGCAGGUUAAAAAGAAUAAUGUUUCAUUUUCCUGAAAUAUAUACCGGCUUCUUUCUGUAUAAUAAAACACUUAUUUACCGGUACACCAAAUGUACUGGCUUUUCAGACAAUAGCAAUUUUAUUGUCCCACUUGACACAAACUAUUUCCCUCCACUUUGCGUCCUGAAAUAGUUUGUGUCUCGGGAACAAUAAACUUGCUAUUGUAAAUAAGUGUAUAAUAUGAUCAAUUAUUUUAUUAUAUUAUCAAUAUCCUUCUCUGAUAACAACUCUUGAGUGCAGAAGAUAUGAACACAACAUGUCAACAUGGGAAUGUUAACCGUGAAAAUAAUUUGAAAAGUGGUUGUGGCCAAAUAAUUGUGUUCGACAUAGUAAUUUUGUAUUUACCUUGUAGAAGUACUCCUUUUUUAUAUGAAGCAGAUGUGUACUAUGAAUUUUUUCAACCUGUAAAUGAAUUUAAAACUUUAUACAUGAUAAAAAUAUUAAUUAAAAACUUAUAGCAGGUUGUGUGUUAUUAACCAACUGAAUGUAGGUAUCAAGAAAAUUGUGUAAGUGCUAUCAGUAAUAUAAAGGGUCUUAAAAUAGGAAGUCAAUAAGUAGUAGUGAUAUAUAUAUUUUUUUUAAAGGAAACAUAGACACUUGGAAACUUAAUUGUUUCAAAUUGAAGUCUAUUAUUGACCAUGUAAGAUCUACCUACAAAUUGUCAAGGUCAUUUUUUUUAUUUUUAAGGUAACAGGUGAUUUAUAGUAAAGGACAUUACUGGUAAUAGAAUUUGUUGUUAUUUUAGUUCACUCUACCUGUUUUUUAUUUGUACUAAGACUAAGAUAACACACAUUUCUCAGGUGUACUCACUCUUUAUCGUAUAAUGUAUAGUGCUAUGACAGAGCUUAAAGGAUAUUUUAUGAACAGAAGUUAUUUUUUGUUUUCUGAUGGUGCUACUGAAAGUUUACUCGCAUUGAUAUAAAGAUCUUGCCUCCAACAAUAAACAGAGGUACACUCUAUAUGGUAAUUUAAAAAAUGUCACAAACAAAUUAAAACCGUGUUUUCAAAUAAAGUAGAACUUCUGGUAUAUCAAUCAUCACAGACUUCUCAAAACUGAUGUAAAAGUACCGACUUUUUUCCCUAUAUGUUUAAUGUA